AUGAAGAGUGAGCUUCCUAGAAAUUACUCAGAAGUGACUGAGUUUAUAUUAUUAGGAUUCAGAACUCCUCCAAAGUUUCAGAUCCUCUUGUUCUCAAUGUUUUUGUUGAUCUACAUGGUUACUGUAGUGGGAAAUAUUACCAUGAUAAUUGUCAUUAAUGUAGACUCAAAACUUCAAACACCCAUGUAUUUCUUCCUUAAAAAUUUGUCUUACUUAGAUCUCUGCUACUCCACAGUCAUUGCUCCUAAAACAUUACAGAACUUUUUGUCUAAUGAAAAGAAAAUUUCUUAUAAUGGCUGUGCCACUCAGUUUUUCUUCUUUGCUCUGUUUGUCACAACUGAAGGCUUUCUUCUAGCAGUAAUGGCGUAUGAUCGUUUAUCAGCAAUUUGUUUUCCUCUCCUUUACCCUGUGCAAAUGUCCAAUAAAGCCUGUGUGAGACUGGUAACAGGAUCUUAUAUCUGUGGAAGUAUCAACUCCAUAGUCCAAACAGGUUUCACCUUCAGUUUGCGUUUUUGUGGAGAAAACAGAUUGGACCACUUUUUUUGUGAUGUCCCAGCACUAAUCAAGAUCUCAUGUGUUGACACGUUUGUGAAUCAGAUAGUAUUGUUUAUUAUCUCUGCUCUCAUCAUCAUUAGUACUACAACUAUCAUUUUGGUUUCCUAUGCUUAUAUUCUCGCCACAGUUUUAAAGAUCCCCUCAAACCAGGGCCGAAGUAAAACUUUUUCCACAUGUGGUUCCCAUAUAGCGGUGGUGAGUUUAUUCUAUGGAACUGUGUUCUUCAUGUAUGCCCAACCUGGAGCCAUCUCAUCACCACAGCAAGACAAAAUUGUCGCGGUGCUCUAUACCCUUGUGAUACCAAUGUUAAAUCCUCUAAUAUAUAGUCUGAGAAAUAGAGAUGUAAAAAAUUCUGUGAAAAGAAUAUUUUGCAGAAAAUAA